CAAAGCUUUAUAGCAAGCAGAGGAUCUAGGAAGCAGAGGCAGGAUCAAGAUCAACUAAAAAAGUCUUAUUAAGAGCCUCUCUAGCAUCGAUCACCCGGCGAGAAUGGUUGCGUCCAAGUCCGGCGAGCUGAGCACGCUGUUCGCGUCCCUGGACCAAGACGCGGACGGCAGGAUCUCCGCGACGGAGCUGCGGUUGUGCAUGCGGGCGACGCUGGGAGAGGACGUGCCGGCGGAGGAGGCCGAGGCGCUGGUGGCGUCGGCAGACGCCGACGGAGACGGGCUGCUAAGCGAGUCCGAGUUCCUCGAGCUGGCGCAGCAGGCAGCCUGGGCGGGCGACGCGGGGGAGGAGGACGACGAGCGGAGGAUCCAGGCGCUGAAAAAGGCGUUCGGGAUGUACGAGAUGGAGGGGCAGGGGUGCAUCACGCCGGCCAGCCUGGGGCGGAUGCUCGGCAGGCUCGGCGCCGAGCGGGGCGCCGGCGAGUGCCGUGCCAUGAUCUGCCGGUUCGACCUCGACGGCGACGGCGUGCUCAGCUUCGACGAGUUCAAGAUCAUGAUGAGCUAGAACUAGCUUAGCCUGACCCCGGACCCAAGCAUAUACCAGUUCCGUCUUGCAUAUAGCUCCUGCGCUCGUUUGUUCAUUCAUUCAUUCCAUUUUUACAUGGUACUGGUACAAAGUUUGUCAUGAUGAUGCACAACAACAAUUGAUCUAUGUGAAUAUCUUUCGGUCUA